UUAAUGGGAGCAUGGGGUGAUGUGGUACAGUACAGUCUUCUGUAAGGGGUGAUGUUAGCAGUGUGUGAGCGGUACCUGAUGGGGGCGUGGUUGCAUGUCGCCCUCCAAGAAAACAACAUCACGGGGUGCUCGCAAAAGUCUUCCAAGUGAGUGAGCCAGGAGAGGACCGCCCUUCCUCGCAGUGCUCCGCGCCGCCGCCAAGGCAAGCAGACUUACCCGCAGGAAGCGUCUCAUCGCCCGGAUCCGCGCGUGUCUCAUCCCCUCCUGCCGCAACCUCCAGGCGGCGGUGAAGAGGAGGCUCAGACACCCGACAGACUCCACUAUCACGCCGGCUCACUGUCAAGCUCACGCUCGAUAUGGGGUGCCGGCUGCCCAAGUUGCGCAAAAGCGAAGAGACUCAAAGCCCAGGCAACAUUUACUCCACGUUGCGAAGGCCUCAGGUGGAGACCAAAGUCGGAGUGUCCUACACCUACCACUUCCUGGAUUUCCUCUUAGGAAAAGAAGAGGUUCCGGUGUCAUCGGUGCUGUGCCUCUCUUCAGUCCGAGAACUACCCGUCCAGGUGAGGGAGCUCUACGCACAGGGCUUCGUGCUGGUGGCCGUCCAUCCAUUCGUGCAUCCCUGUGGCCCCCAUCAUGCCCGCAUCCAGCGGCAGCUCCACCGGGCCGUGCUUGUCCGUGAAACGCCAAGUUGGGAGAAAAGCCAGGAGAGGAGAUGGUGGAGACAUCGACUGGAGACAGACGUGUGCGCGGCCGGGCACCAGGCGGCCGACCCGGAGGUGAUUCAGAGCUACGUCAAGAGGAUCCAGGAUGUGGCCGAGCAAGGCGUGAUGUUCGUGGGCUUCCUCCAGCAGCCAGGAGGGGCGCCCUGCUUCCUGGCCAACUGGGACCCCGACGAGCUGUCCUCCCUCCACUCCAGCCCCUCGCCCAUCCACCGACACCCCCUCAUCAGUGCCAACACCAGCCCGACAGAUCCCGCGGAGCCACACCGCGACGUCGGCCUCCCCUUUGAGCGCGUAGGGUCGGAUCAUGAAAGCGGAGAUGAAAACACACGUCGUUGCAAGGCUGAGGGAUCUAACGAGGGGUCACUUGAGUCGACACAGCAUCCGCCUCAUGGCCGCUGUGAAAGUCCGAGCUGGGUGGAGACACCGGAGAGGCGUCUGAGUGCAGGCAUGAAGAGCCAGGAGGAGGACAACUCACUAGAAGGAUCUCCACAGAAUCCUCCACGCCGCAUCAACAACCACAUGCACCUGCAAACAUCUGAAAGACAGAGGAAGGAGCCUCCCGCGCCAGCCCGACUGCAGCUGUUUGCACUCUACAACUCCACGGGGGAGCCACCCACCUCUGUGAGCUUUUACUCGCUCAGGGUGCCCCUCCGGGUGCACACGGAGGCGGGGCUUGUGACAGACGUGGACGGCGACUGGCUGGACCACAUGACGCAGCAUUUCAGCAGCGGAGCACAACUCAUCGACGGCUUCUUCCACCUCAGGGAUGAGAAGGAUCAUGGACUUUCAUCAGUCGACAGUGUCUUCAUCUUCCACAACUCCACAGAGGAGACCUCCUACGACGCCAUCGUGGUGGAGCAGUGGACUGUCGUUGACGGUGUGGCGGUGAAGGCGGACUACAUUCCGCUACUGCAGUCUUUGGCGCCAUAUGGAUGGAGGCUCAUGUGUGUGUUGCCCACGCCUAUCGUCAAGACUAACAGCGACGGCAGUUUGUCCACCAAACAGAUCCUCUUCCUUCAGAGACCCGUUUUACAGCGCAGGAGGAAAGACUUCAAGUUGCUGACCCGGCGAGGUCGCCACAGGACUAAGAAGCACGCGAGCGGCGAGAUGCUGGAGGAGGGUGAGGAUCGCUCCCUGGUCCUCGACACGCAGAUGGACACGCUGCGGCGGGCGGACGGGCUGCGGACUUGGAGCGGCGAGGAAGGGGAUGGGCACGCCGACAGGGACCGCCCCUUCCUGUCGGGCAGCCUGCCGUCCCUCGGGGGGCGGGAAGAGGAGACGGACGUUGACGGCGACCUAGCGGCCAAGAAGGCGGUGACAUGGACGGACGUGUGUCACGGAGGGGGAGGAGUAAAAGCGGACGAAAAGAUGGAGGAGCGCGUCCGACAUCAGCUCUUUUCUGGCGUCUGUUGACGUAUUGCUCCUUUUUUACCCGAGUACUGGCCUCUUCAUUAGGCACACCUGCACCAUGAAUAUUCAUAACCUCAUUAGCAUAAAACUAACCAUCCCACCAGCUCCAGUACAGCAUUUUGAAAGAUAACAAGGUUUUCACGAGAUCAGGGCCUCCCACAACUUUUCCACUACAGUGGGGCCCGGGGCCCCACCCAAAUAUUAACACUCAAUUAGUCGUCUCACAUCAUAUUCAAUCAUUCUAACUGACAUGCAGCCUUGUCAAAUGUUAUGAAAUCACAUUCAUCAAAAAGAUGAAAAGAUUAGGCUGAUUAGAAAAAUAGUCAUCAAAGACGGGACUUCAAUAACUUGACAAACAACAUACAAUAAUAUCAUAAUAUAACUAAUUAAUUUAAGGGAAUAAGCGGUUGAAAAAAGGAUGGAUGGAUGGAUGGAUAAUUUCUCAACUAAACUGUCAAUAAAAUGAACACCCAGCUUCACCACUUGAGUCAUCGUCUUAUAUGGCAGUCUUGUCAUUGCUGCCACAAGUGGUGGAAAAGUGUACUACAAGCCAGCUGAGAAGCAAUUAGAAGCAGACGAGAAUUGGUGACAUAAUUUGGAGUGCAUGAGAAAGUUUCUUUGGUGUUUUAACCAACAUUAGAAUGCAAACUGUGAUCAUAUUUAGAUCAAAUGUAAAUAAAGCAGCUGGAUGACAACAACUACACAUUUGCUUUUUAGAAUCUUCCUGUUCCGCUAGCCCUCUCCAUCCCACACGCACAUUCACAAUUUGCUAGGAAAAUGACUCACACCCACGACACUUUGAUUAGUUCCAGCUGCAAUAACACUCCCCUUUCCUCUGUAAUUACAGUUAUUGACUGGCAAGAACGGUGGCAAUAGUGGAAGUUUCCUCCAGCAAAAGCUGUGGUUUUCUGCUCUUUGCCAACGACAGGGGACUUGAACUAAUGGAACAUGAGUGCUCCGCAACUGGAGCAUUGUGACCACCAUGUAUCCCACAGGACAUCUGUAUUUGCCCCACCUAGUGGAGACCUUGUGUUACACUUAUGACACGACUGAAGGACUGAAGUCUAAAGAUUUCUGUGAGCAAAAAAAACAAAACACGAGCGGUGUGCCAAUUUGUUCGAUAUCAGCAAAAAAUCAGGUGUUUACCUGUAUGUGAUAUCAUGUGCGAUACAAGCAGUCCUGCAGCCUGUUUACUUGUGCCCUAAAGAUUUCUGUGAGCAAAAAAAACAAAACAAGAGCGGUGUGCCAAUUUCUCCGAUAUCAGCAAAAAAUCAGGUGUUUACCUGUAUGUGAUAUCAUGUGCGAUAAAAGCAGUCCAGCAGCCUGUUUACUUGUGUGUGAUAACAUGUGCGAUACAAGCAGUCCUACAGUCUUUUACUUGUGUGUGAUAUCAUGUGCGAUACAGGCAGUGCUGCAGUGUGUUUACUUGUGUGUGAUAACAUGUGCGAUACAAGCAGUCAUGCAGUGUUUACUUGUGUGUGAUAUCAUGUGCAAUACAAACAUUCCUGCAGGCUGUUUACUUCUGUGUGAUAACAUGUGCUAUACAGUACAAGCAGUCCUACAGCCUGUUUCCUUGUGUGUGAUAUCAUGUGCGAUAAAGCAGUCCUGCAGGUUAUUUACUUCCAUCCAUCCAAGCAUUUCCUACCGCUUGUCCCUUAUGGGGUCGCGGGGGGUGCUGGAGCCUAUCUCGUGGAUGAUAAAAUGUGUGAUACAAGCAGUCCUGCAGGGGGUU